AUGAAAUCAUCAAAAGUUAUUCAUACGAUUCACUAUGCAGGAUCGAAUCGUCUUCAUAUUAUCGUCUUGUAUUUACUGCUUGCUAGUUUAACAAUCCUAUGGGGUCUGUCGUUUAUUUAUUAUUCGCGUACGAUCCGACUUGAUCGAAAUCAAUUGGGAAUCCUUAAUCAACGAUUGGCUGAAUUGGAAUCAACGCAAAUCAUCAUAUCAGGCAAUGCGAACGCUAAUGACGCACUGAAUCGCCGAUCGAGACAUGCGCGAUUGAAAUCAAAACUAUUCAAUAAACAUCCAGGAGAAGAGAUAGAUGAUGUUGAUUCACUUUUAGGAUCAAUUUAUUUCAAAGUACCGCCCAUGGCAAUGUCAACGUUUUGUGUUAAAUCGGUAGAUCAUUGUAAAAAAUUGGUGUCAGAAAAUGAAGAAUUACGUGGACCUAAAGGUGAACGAGGCGAACGUGGUUAUCCUGGACUACCAGGAUUAGCUGGCCCAGCAGGACCAACAGGAUCACCUGGUCCGAGUGGAGUUCCUGGACCAAUAGGUCCACAAGGGCCGAAAGGUGAUCCAGGUGAUACAAUUCAAGGUCCAGCUGGUCCACCAGGUCCAAUCGGACGACCUGGUUUUCCAGGUCCACGUGGUGAUAUUGGCCCACAAGGUCCUCCUGGUACUUGCACUUGUCCUUCAUCGCCAGUAUCAUCACCAUCCAUACCAUUCUCAUCAUUAUCGGAUCCUAAACAAGAUACAACAAAGCGUGACGCAACGCUUCGUCGUGCUCAACGUUGCAUCUUCUCUUUCAUCGGCACGCCUGUACUUCUCAAACAAGACAAUUAUACAUUCGGCGCAUGGUUCAAAGAUCCUAUGCCGCGCACCGCCAAUGGUGCUCAAAAGGUAUAUGUUACACGACAUGUCAUUGGCAACCAAUUAUAUGAGUAUAAUAGCGAAACCGACUUAACUCACGAUAAACCUAAUCGGAUUAUCACAUUACCCUACCCAUAUUCUGGAGUGAAUCACGUUGUUUACCAAGGCAGUUUUAUCUAUAAUGUUGAAAACAAGAAUACUAUCAUACGUUUUGAUCUUAUCUCGGAAAGUGAAACUCAAUCGACCGAGAUAGUUGCCAGUCGUGAACCACUCUACAAUACACCGCAAUCGAAUUGGUAUGAUUUUUCAAUUGAUGAAAACGGUCUCUGGAUUUUGUAUCGCGAUAAACUAACGAAAAAUUUCAUUGCCGCCAAUAUUAAUCCUGACACUUUAGAUACUCAACAAACAUGGAUUCUACCGUAUAAUCCAUCAAGUUUAAGUCAAGCUUUUAUUGCAUAUGGUGUUUUUUAUGGUGUACAAUAUUAUAAUAAACAACAAUCAUAUAUCGAUGUGGUCUACGAUAUUUAUUCAAAUGUGGCAUUUACAACAACAAAGAUUCGUUUUGCUGUUCCAUUUCAAUUCUUAGCUCAAUUAACGUAUAAUCCCCCAAACAUGUUUGCCGGAGGAUUUACCUCAUCUUCAGCGGCAUUAUGUUCGCCACCAAUGAUGGUACCGUACGAUGUGCCUGUUCCUCAACCAUUUGCAAGUCCUGUUCCAGUACCACAACCUUUCGUACAAAAUUUUGUUCAAGCUGUCGAUGUACCUGUGCAGAACACAAUUCAGCCGGUAAUUUUACCAACACCAGUUUCAGUUCCAUGCCCUCAGCCGGUUCCCGUACCGGUUGAUCGUCCAUGCGCUGUUCCAGUUCCUGUCUCAGUACCAUGUCCUCAACCAUAUCCAGUACCUGUUGAUCGUCCAUGUCCUGUGCCUAUUCCUCAACCAGUUCCCGUACCCAUCGACCGUCCAUGUUACGUACAUGUCGAAGUUCCUGUUCCAUGUCCUCAACCAGUUUCAGUACCAGUUGAUCGUCCUUGUCCCGUACCAUUUCCAGUACAGAUCCCCGUCGAUCGUCCUUAUCCAGUACCUGUUGAAGUUCCUGUUCCAGUUGAUCGUCCUGUCCCAGUUCCCUGUCCUCAACCAUUUCCAGUCCCCGUUCCAUGCCCUCAACCCUAUCCAGUACCCGUUCCCAUCUCAUGCCCAGCACCUAUGUCCGCGCCAUUAACAUGUGCACGACCUAUGAUGUUACCACAGCCUAUGUGCUCUCAGCCUAUGUGCUCUCAGCCAAUGGACAUGCGUACACCAGUUCCGGUCCCAGUUCCAGUGCCCGUGCCAGUUCCUGUACAAGUUCCUAUGCAAGUUCCUCAACAGUGCCAAUAUAGUGUACAAGAAGAGAGUUAUAGACCAUCAUCUUGUCGUGUUAUAGAACGCAUUGUCGAAGAGCCAAUCCGAAUCAAAUGUCGCCGUCGGCGACGCCGCUGCUGCUGUCGAUCACGUAGCUGCACGCCGGCAAGUUUACCACCGAUCAUUAUACCGAUUCCAAUUCAAGGACCUCCUGCUAUCGCUGAGCAACCACAAUUACAAGUAACUGAAUACGUUCAAGAUAUAUAUCCGCCAGCACAAGUUUAUACAGAACAAGUACCGAUAGGCUAUGUUGCUCGAGAUUCUGGACUUUUACAAUCGAAUUUAAUUAAAACAGAACGAACUUCACUCAAUUGUCAACCAGGAGUAGUUUUGUCAUCAAACUCCGUUGGCCCUCGUACAUUACAGAUACCCAAUCAACUCAUAACACAAUUAUCAAAUGGUCAAAUUAUUCAACGGCCAUUGAGUGUGAGCAGUAAUCGUACUAUUCAAACUGUGAUGUUAUAA